AUACCGGCUUUCACGGCAGUAGCGCUCCUUAGACGGGCGUGAUAUAAGAUGUGCGGCGCUUCAUCUUCUUAAGUGGUAACGCAGCUGCGCUGACUCUCUUUACCUUGCAUCACAAACUUCGUUCUUCGUUCAUUCUUUUUCAAGUCGCUCUUUUUGAAACCCACACUCAUUUACCCAUCAUGAAGACCGUCGCUGUUAUCGCAGGUAUCGCUGCGCUGGCUAACGCCCACGCCACUUGGCAACAACUCUGGAAGAACGGAGAGGAUCUUGAGAGCACUUGCGCUCGUCUGCCUCCUUCCAACAGCCCUAUCGAGGACUACACAUCCACAGCUCUGCAGUGCAAUGUCAGCCCUGCUGCCGCCUCUGGCAAGUGCGGCUUCGCGGCCGGUGAUACAGUGACCAUCGAGAUGCACCAGCACAACACCCGUCUCUGCACUGAGGAGGGAAUUGGUGGCGCUCACUGGGGUCCCGUCUUGGCUUACAUGUCCAAAGUAGACGAUGCUGCUACUGCUGACGGCUCAUCCGAGUUCUUCAAGGUUUACGAGAACACAUGGAAGAAGGCGCCAGGUUCUACCCAAGGUGACAACGACUACUGGGGCACCAAGGACCUCAACUACAACUGCGGAAAGCUCGACUUUACUAUCCCAGAGGAUAUUGCCCCUGGUGACUACCUCCUCCGUGCUGAGGCCAUCGCUCUCCACGCUGCCUCUUCCUCCGGUGGUGCCCAGCACUACGUUACUUGCUACCAGGUUACCGUCACUGGCGAUGGAACUGCUACCCCUGCUGGUGUCAAGUUCCCGGAGGCUUAUUCCAAGACUGGCUCAGGUCUCGGUUUCUCCAUUCACCAGGACAUGAGCGAGUACCCUGCUCCUGGCCCUGCCCUGUACGCUCGCGGUACCAAGGUCGACCCUCAGCUUCUUACCUUUGGUGAGAUCUCUGGUGUCCCCAAGGCCACUGGCGGUGCUUCCGCUUCUGCCUCCAGCGCUGUCGUUGCACCUUCAUCCACUGCCGUUGCGUCCGCCGCCGCUACUUCCGCUGCUGUCACCUCUGCCGUCCCUGCUUCCUCUGCCCCUGCUGAGACUCCUAUCGCCUCGUCAGCUGCUGCUACAUCGCCUGCUGCUCCUACAUCGGUCGCCUCGGCUGCCACUUCCGCCGCUGCCUCCUCGGCUGUAGCUUCCGCACCUGCUGCCUCCUCCACUCCCGCCCCCGAGACUGGUGACAAGUACAACGUUGACUCUUUCGCUACCUACCUCGAGGCUCAGCCCGGAAGCGACGCUGAGUUCACAAUCGAGGAGUUUAUUGCUUGGCUCGAGAAGAUCGAGAGCGGUUCCAACACCGCCGAGCCAACUGCUGCCCAGUCCUCCGCCGCUGCUGUCAAGCCUACCACCCCCGCUCCCGCCUCGUCUGCCGCUGCUAUCUCGUCCGCUCCCGCUAAAACUACUCUUUCUACCGUCACCAAGCCCCAGCCCACCUCUGGCUCUGACUCUGGCUCCGAUGUCGAGGUCAAGGCUUACGGCCGUUGCGGUGGUGAAGGCUACACUGGUAGCAGCACCUGCGCAUCUGGUUUCACUUGCAAGGUCCAGAACCCCUACUACUCGCAGUGUGUCCAGUCUGAGGGCAACAACGCUGCUCAGCCCAGCGCAUCCCAGCCCACUGCCGCCACUUCCACUGCCGCCCAGCCCACUGCUUCCAAGCCUGCUGCUGGUGCAUCCUCCACCAAGGCUGCUACUCCUACCGCGACUGCUUCCUCCACUGCCCCUGCCGUCUCCAAGGAGGCUAUUCCCUCUGCCUCUGCCUCUGCCUCGGCUGCACCUGCUGCUGACAAGCUCUGGACCAUCCAGGAGCUCAUUGCAUUCCUCGAGGAGGCUGCCGAGUAAGCGUGUUGUUCAGAACCCGAAGCCAGUCGUUCUCCGGUCACGCUUCUACGCAUGAGUACCAAAAGGCAUCUGUAAAUAUGCAUCUCCCCGUGGGAGCUUUUCGAUUCUAUAUAGCGAUUUCCUGAAUGUAUUUUUUCAAUCAAGAGAGCCGGAGCGGCUCAUCAUGCCGAUAUGUUUAAGUAAGACCAUCGUGACGUGUCUCUCAGCAUGAGUAAUAAUUGGAGGUGGGUCAGCU